AUGUCUGGAAAUAACAAGAAUAACAAGAAUACUGUUGGUGUUCCAUAUCAAAGCAAUGAAGUACACGAACAAAUUUCUCAUCAACGAAAUAGAUAUGACCAACUUUCAACUCGUCGCUUGUCCAGAGAAGGUCAUCAUAGCUAUACUUUUGUCAAUAAUUACCUUCGUAAUAAUAAUGUUCCUCGUGGUGAAUUCAACAAUGAUCAAGCUGUUCCUCGACACAAUGAACCUUUCAACAGUUAUAAAUCUUCUCGUCGUAAUGAACCUUCCAACGUAGAUCAAUCUUCUCAUCACCAUUCCAAUGUUGAUCAAUCCCUUCGUAAAGAUUCUUUCAACAAUGACCAAUCUACUCAUUCCCACCGUAAUGAAAAUUUCAACAAUUCUCAUCGUCAUGAGAAGUUUAACAAUGAACAAUCUGCAUCUCACCGUAAUGAAAACGUCAAAUAUGAUAAAUUCUGCCGUAAUGAAAAUUUCAACAAUGAUUCAUCGAAUCCUCGACGUAAUGAAAAUUUCAAAAAUUUCAACAAUGAUCCAUCUUUUCCUCGUCGUUUCAACAAUCAUCCAUCUGUUCAUCGACGUUUCAACAAUGAUCCUCGUCGUUUUAACAAUGAUUUAUCGACUUUUCGUCGUAGUGAAAGUUUCAAAAAUAAUUAUUCUGCAUCUCACCGUAAUGAAAAUUUCCAAUAUUCCCGUCAACAUGAAAAGUUCGACAGUGAUCAAUCUUUUUCUCCUCGCGGUAAUAAUUUCAUAAAUGAACAAUUUAUUCCUCAUCGGAAUGAAAAUUUCACUUGUGGUCAAUUUACUCCUCGUCAUAAGGAAUCUUUCCAUAGUGACAAAUCCGUUCCUCCACGACCUUUCGGCAAUGAACAAUCUGCUCCUGCUCGUAAUGAAGAUUUAAAAAAUGAUCAAUCUGUUUCUCAUCGUAAGGAAUAUUUCAACAAUGAUCAAUCUGCUACUUCUCGCCGCAAUGGGAAUUUCAACAAAGAUCAGUCUGCUUCUCCUCGCUGCAAUGAUAAUUUCAACAUUGAUCAAUUAGCUUCUUUUCGCCGCAAUGAGAAUUUCAACAAAGAUCAAUCUGCAUCUCUUCGCCGCAAUGAGAAUUUCAACAAAGAUCAAUCUGCAUCUCUUCGCCGCAAUGAGAAUCUCAACAUAGAUCAGUCUUCUUCUCCUCGUCGCAAUGAGAAUUUAAACAUAGAACAAUCUGCUUCUCCUUGUCGUAAUGAGAAUUCAAACAUAGAUCAAUCUGCUUCUCCUCGUCGCAAUGAGAAUUUAAACAUAGAACAAUCUGCUUCUCCUUGUCGCAAUGAGAAUUUAAACAUAGAUCAAUCUGCUUCUCCUUGUCGUAAUGAGAAUUUAAACAUAGAUCAAUCUGCUUCUCCUUGUCGCAAUGAGAAUUUAAACAUAGAUCAAUCUGCUUCUCCUU